CGCUGAGAGGGGCACCGGGCUGAGCGUGGAAACCUCGAGCCCGCAGCCAGGCCUGGACCCCGGGGAGAGCGGGGCUCACUGAGUGUCCCCACCCUGGGCGGCAGGGUCGGGUCGGGUGUCGGUGCAGGGAACCCAGGUGGUCCCGGCCUAUGGCUGUGGGCGGAAGGAGCCUCUCCCCAGCCAUGGAGAGCCCCAGUCUUCGAGAGCUCCAACAGCCCCUACUGGUGGGUGGUGAGCUUCCCAUCCAGAAGUCCAGUGAGCCUGAGCUGGGGCCUCCCUUUCGAGAGACAGCCUUUGUGGAGUCGCUGAAGGGUUGGCAGUUCCUGCCACCAUCUCUUCCUUCUGUGAGUGCAGGACUAGGGGAGCCAGGGACCCCCGACUUUGAGGAUGUCUCAUCCAGUGACAGUGACUCGGACUGGGAUGGGGGUGGCCUCCUCUCCCCGCUGCUACCCCACGACCACCUCGGCUUGGCUGUCUUCUCCAUGUUGUGCUGUUUCUGGCCCUUGGGCAUCGCCGCCUUCUGCCUGGCCCAGAAGACCAACAAGGCUUGGGCCCAGGGGGACGUCCAGGGGGCAGGGGCCGCCUCCCGCCGAGCCUUCCUGCUGGGGGUCCUGGCCGUCGGGCUGGGUGUGUGCACGUACGCGGCCGCCCUGGUGACCCUGGCCGCCUACCUCGCCUCCCGGGACCCGCCCUAGCUGCCCCUGCGGCCCCCGCUGUGAACCCAGAGGCCGGCUGCCCAGCGCGUCUGCGGUUGGAGUGGAGAGUCCCGGUGGACGGGCGGCAGCGGCAGCAUCCAGAAACGGGAGUGGGCUGGGCCGCCCCCUCCCUCCCGCCUCCCUGGAGGCCGCAGAGAGCGAUUAAACACCAGACACUCUUG